AGCUGAGGCAGCGGCUAUGGCCGCAACCGUGGGCGACGGGUCCGGUACUGAGGAGGCCUGCCGGAACAUGGAAUCUAAAGAAGAAUUUGUUAAAGUCAGAAAGAAGGACCUGGAACGGCUGACGACGGAAGUGAUGCAAAUACGGGACUUCUUACCCAGAAUACUAAAUGGGGAGUUACUGGAAAGUUUCCAGAAAUUAAAGAUGGUAGAAAAAAACCUGGAAAGAAAAGAACAAGAAUUAGAGCAACUGAUAAUGGACCGUGAACACUUCAAAGCCCGGCUAGAAACUGCACAGGCAGACAGUGGGAGGGAGAAGAAGGAGAAGUUGGCUCUUCGACAGCAGCUGAAUGAGGCAAAACAGCAGCUCCUCCAGCAGGCAGAGUAUUGCACACAAAUGGGAGCUGUCACCUGUACCCUCCUCUGGGGGGUUUCCAGCAGCGAGGAGGUCGUCAAAACCAUUCUAGGAGGAGACAAAGCAUUGAAGUUUUUCAACAUAACUGGCCAGACGAUGGAGAGUUUUGUGAAGUCAUUGGAUGGGGAUGUCAAGGAGGUUGAUUCUGAUGAAAAUCAAUUUGUCUUUGCACUGGCUGGAAUUGUAACAAAUGUUGCCGCCAUUGCGUGUGGUCGUGAAUUCUUGGUGAAUUCCAGCCGGGUGCUCCUGGACACCAUGUUGCAGCUGCUGGGGGACUUAAAGCCUGGCCAGUGCACCAAACUCAAAGUUCUAAUGCUGAUGUCCCUGUAUAAUGUGAGCAUCAAUUCAAAAGGCUUGAAAUACAUCACUGAGAGUCCUGGAUUUAUCCCUUUGCUGUGGUGGCUUUUGAGUGAUCCAGACGCGGAAGUGUGUCUUCAUACCCUGCGGCUCAUCCAGUCUGUGGUUCUAGAACCAGACGUCUUCUCCAAGGUGGCCUCUGAGCUCCAGAGCUCCUUACCCUUGCAGCGCAUCCUGGCCAUGUCCAAGAGCCGCAACUCCCACCUGCAGUCUGCUGCCCAGGAGCUCCUGGAAGACCUCCGCGCCCUGGACUGUAAUGUUUAGAUGUGCUCUACCACCAGGAGCCCGGUGAAAAUGCCAGUGGUCCAUCCCCUCCCAGGCUUCUAACUCCAUGUUCAAAACUAGAUGUCACUGUAUGUCAUGUGUUAGAGAUUGCAGGCCUUGAGGGACUAGAGAUGGACAUGAUGGGUCAGCAUCCUACCUCUUCCUCCUGGGAGUGCACACUUGUUAGGCAGCUGGUUAAUCUUGCCAGAGCAGUGACCAAAAAAAUGUCACCUUUGAAUGCAUGGAAACUCUCAAAGUGUUUUCUCAGAGUAGCUUCUUGCUGCCCCGGAGGCUGCCUGCAGCAUGGGAGUUUAGAUCACUAAACACCAUGGUCAGUGUUUCCCAGAAGCAUUUCUGUGAUGGCCUGUGCUCUUCCCCUGGUAACUGGAACCCCUCCGCACAGGCUUACCAACCUAGCCUUUUGUCGCUUACUAUUUCACAUGCAUCGGACAGUCGAUCUCUGUCUUGGUGCUGCUUUUAUUUUUGAAUAAAGCUGAGUCAGUAUCACAUUCUCAAUAUAAUCUUGGGUUUAGGAAGUGGUGUCCUUUGUACAUUAACUAUGUUAUUUGUCUAGGAAAACACUUUCCUUAUUUUGUUCUGGCCCCUUCACUAUGAACUUAAAGCAAAUGUGGGAAGGUAGCUUGAAGAUGAACACUAUGAGAUUAAAUUCCAUUAAAUGGUCAUCCAUCUGCCUGCACUCAUGUGCCUGUGCAUGUGUGGGCUGCUGUUCAUGCAGCCAUGACACUACGUAGCUUCUGCUUAAAGAUACUGGCAGAGGACAAAAGACAACAUGCUGCCCUGUCACAAAUAGGGAGAUGUGCGGCAGGAGAUGUCCAUUUAAGUCAGCAUACACCAUCCCUUCUCUGGCAGGACAAGUUGCUGCAGGGCAUUGAGCUUAGACAUCCUGUGAGGGAGGAAGUGUCCCUUUGCAGUGGCAGCCUCGGCACACAUGUUGAGCUGCUUCUCUGUGUGUGGUGUUGUAGAGUGAGUUCGUUUUCUUGUAAGAGGAUGUGUGCUUUAUGUUGAAUGAAGAACUCAAGAGAAAGGCAUGGCCGCUUGGGUCUGUGGAGCACUAACUCGGCAGAGCAAGGUAGAGGUAAAGCGCUUACGAUUCAUGGAGGGGAGCAGGCAUGGGUCCACCAUCUGUGCUGGGCGGCUCCCCGUGAAGGGUAAGUGAGUGCACAUGGUGGCGUCAUGGCACCCCUUCCUUCUGCUUGUUUAACAUCCUAGCCAGGGGAGCUGCAGUGAUCCGCUUGUGCUUCUCUAGGGUUGCUGAGCUUUCUCUACCAAAAAGGCCUCACCUAGUGUAGAUAAGAAUAAACCGCCAGCCACGUGGUGGUGGGACGCACCUUUAUCUCAGCACUCGGGAGGCUGAGGCAAGCAGAUCUUUGUGAGUUCCUGGACAGCAAGGGCUGCACAGAGAAACACUGUCUCAAACAACAAAACAAAACAAAACAAAACAAAACAAAACAAAACAAAACAAAACAAAAAUGAGAAGGAGGAGGAGGAAGAAGGAAAGAAAAGCUGCAGUAGCAGCCCCUGCUGCCUACCCUAAGUAUCCUGGGGGUGGCGGUUAUUAGAUGGCCAUGAGCGCUUGAUCAUCCCUUCUGUUCUGAGCACAUUCUAAGCAAGUAUCUUUGGGCAGAUUCUCCUACAAUUGCUAUGCACAGGUUUCCUUUGUGAGCAGUGUAGGGAGUACCAAAGGACCCAGGCCAGUGACCCUACUCUUCACUGCAAGUCCAAUAGGAAAUCAUGGCCUCCUUAAUUUUCUUCUGUAUCUAGUAAUUUAAAGAAAACCUACUCAGCUAAAAAAAUAAAAAUAUAAAUUGAGGUG